AUGGCCGCAGCAACCAUCAUACCAGGGCCUCCUGGGCCAUACCCCGUCGCCUUGCGGGUGAAAGCGUUCGAAGACGCAGCACGAUGGGACCCUCACGCCCCUCAAGACCAACCUGAGAAGCGAAGGGUUAUGGUCUCCGUCCACGUUCCCCUGAAGAAGGAAGUCAAAUGUUCUGUCGAAACCGUCCCCUAUAUGCCGCAUACCACAGCAGUCGCCCUAGGCCAAGGAGCCGCGACCCUGUUUGGGCUGCCGGACACAAUCUUCUCCGGAAUGGAGCUCGAAUUCUGCAACAUCGACACAGCUUGCGCCGAGCCCGGAAAAGGUGAGAAGCACCCUCUCUUCCUCUUCUCACAUGGGCGAGCUAGCUCAAGACUUGCGCAUGGUGUGCUUGCGCGGUCUUUUGCCAGUUAUGGGUACAUCGUCGUCACUCUGGACCAUACAUAUGAUGCUGCGAUCGUCGAGUUCCCUGAUGGAAGCAUCAGAUUUGCGGAGAACGCAACGAAUAACGACAUGGCUUACGUUGAGAGCCUUCUUGAGGCCUCCAUCAAGCCGGAGAAGAUCUUCGUCGCAGGUCAUUCCUUCGGGGGCGCCACGGUAGCUUCAUCUCUCUAUGCUGAUGACCGCGUCCUCGGCGGCCUAAACUUUGACGGUCAGAUGGUCGGACCAGUCCAGACCAAAGGCACCGACAAACCCCUAGUGCUUGUCAGCACACCGACAACAUUUGACUAUAUUUCCGGCUGGAAUGAGACCUGGGCUAAUCUGCGCGGUCCGUCCUUGAUGUCAAUCGUCAACGGAACAACCCACAUGUCUUUCUUUGACGCUCCGCAACUUCCGGCCGUCAAGGCCUUGCCCGCAGAGUAUUCUGGUCUCAUCAAGCAAGUUUUGGGCACCAUAGAUGGCGAUGUGUUGGCCAAGAUUGAGAUUGAGCUCUUGCGGCGGACACUAGACUUUGUCUUGGAGGGUAAGAGGGAGGCGUUGUGCAAUAUUGGGAACGUAGGUCCCGGUGUUGGCCAGCUGCGAGUCAAGAAUUUGAAGUGCACUUAA